CCAAGGAAAAAAAAUUCUCCAAUUUCAUCAUAUCAAUAUGGUUCUUCAUCAAUUCGUUAGGGUUUGUGGACUUCAACCAGCCGACGGCCACUACUAUGAAGAUGGCUAUGUCCAACCCAACAAACACAAAUACGAUGAAAACAAGUUAAAGUACAAAAAUGGCUACUGUUACUAUGACAACCGCAACAAAGACAAGUACGAUAAAAACAAGAAGAAGCUACUCUUGGAGGGGUUCGAUAUUGUCAAAGAAAAGUACCAAGAUGGCUAUGGCGACUAUUACAACCGCAACAAAGAGAAUAAGUACUAUGGGGGUUUGAAUUUCAAGGAAAACUGUCAAAAUGGCUAUGACCACCGCCAUGGCAAUUUCGACAAAGACAAGUACAAAGAAAAUAACAGGUUUUAUGAGGGUUUCAAUAAUGUUAAGGAAAAGUAUCAAGAUGAUGACUACAGUCACUAUGACAACCGCAACGAAGACAUGUAUGAGAAUUCGAAGUUAGGCCUGAAGGUGAACGCCGAAGGGAGAAAAACGUUCCAGGAUUUUGAUGAUCUUGGUUACAGCUCUAACAUUCACUACUCCGACCUCGAACAAGUGCACUCGGGCGUGUGGUCCUGUAAAUGCUAUUCAAAUGUAUGAUGGACUCCGUUUAACAUAGAGUCUGUUUGACCGAGCUUAUUUAA